GCCUCAACCUCAAUUACCGCGAGACUACAACUCACGCACCACCAAUGACUGGUUACACAUAGACAUCGCGAGAUUUGAGCAGCUGUUACUGAGGGUAUUUUUUUUCUCAGGCUGCUACUCUGACAACACGUGGGGAAGAAGACUGACUUUAUACUGGGACAUUUUUUUGAAAUCGAGGUUUACAUCGCGUUGGUCUCACCGUGGCGACAACAAGGGCCUUAAAAACUGUGUAGCUGCUAGUGUCCUGAGGAGAUGCCUCUAAGGUUUCGUUCGAUUGUCCCCUACACACUACCUGGAGUCCUUGCACUGAUCGGCUGGUGGUGGUACACUUCCCGUAAGAAAGAGCGCCUCAUCAGCCAUGACGACCCAGAUGGAGGUCCAACUAAUGGAACCCUGAGAUUGUCUCGAGCAGUGGGUCGCAAUGGCAUGGUUGAGAAGGACACUGUAUCUACUGCAAAUAACACAGAACACCACCUGACCCACAGACAUCCAAAGGACACUAGAAAAGAUGACGAGGAGGAGCAGGAGGAAUAUAUCUCCCCAAAUCAUGUUGCUGAUACAGACACAGCAUCUAUAAUGGGACAGACUCAUCGAGAGGAAGCUGUUGAGGCAUGUGGGAUGAAACUGGAACUCGAUAAACCCCCAGUCUCAACUCUGUCCUCACAUGACCAGGACAAGAGUCUCAAUGUGUCACUAAAAGAGCAUAGAGACCUGAAAAAAAGCUCAGUACCCUCCUGUGUUUCGGAGGCAGACAUCGAUCUAAAUAGAAAACCAAUGUCUGCUUCAGAUAUGAAAGAGAUUGUCUUGCCUGGCCAGUCCACCAGAAUUACCCGCUCAACCACUAUGUCGGUGUGCCUUGCUGAUGCGGAGCGGCCUGAGCCAGAAGGGGAAGUUGCGAAGAACCACAGCACGAUGACGACACAGGAUGAUGGUUGUGCAGUCAUACCUGUUAAAGUGCAGAGUGUAGUGUCAUCACCGUUUGAGUCUCGCGAUAUAGCCAUUUCACUGCAAGAUUUUAAUCAACACAUUCUAACCAGCACACCCAACUCUCUGGUCCUGACUUCCAACGCCCAGUCUGUAUCAUUAGCAUUACAGGAACUCCAGGUUCACAGCGGUCAUGAGGAGGAGCAAGAUCUGGAAGCACUGGCAGCUGGACUCAUAACUGAGGUCAUCUCAGCAGCCACCCAGCAGGUCUUUGGUGGCCCCAGCUGUCCUCUUUCUGACAGAGGGCAACAAUGUCACCAUCCUGAAUUGUCAAACCACCAAAAAACGGGCUGUGAUGAAACCCAAAACAAAGGCCAAGGGAUGCCCAAUGCAUCUUUUACCGCCUCCAUAUGGGAGACUCUCAAGGUUAAUGAAUCAGCGCAGAUAAACACUAAACAAAAGGACGCCAUACCAAAACUGUCUCACCAAGUAGCAGACGGUACACCUCGACUAAACAAAAAAUGGAAAGCCGAUGAAUCUGUGACACAGACUGAGGACUCUGCUUGCAGCACCUGCCACUCUGAGGAUGGCAUCAGCAAUGAGAAUCACCCACAUAGUCUGACUGACAGCCAAAUUGAUAUCGCUCAGAUGACAGACUUGUCAGAAAAAGAAGCAACACAGCCCCAAUCACUACUUGAGACACCCAUGGAGGAAAUUAUUUUUUCUUUGACGGAAGAAAACUCCGUGGAGGUUUGUGGUGUUAAGCUGCUCGAUGGCAUGGACCUAAGGAGCGGACCUCAGGGGUGUGAAGUGGAGACCGACCAGUCUGGAGGCUCUGAUGUGAACAGUAUGGACUCUGUGGACAGUGGCUGCACCAUGGGCGGGAGAGAAAGUCACAGUAACCAUGCUUCCUCUUCAAGCGCUGAGCUUGUCAUCUGGGAGAUUGAAGUGCCAAAGCUUCUUGUCGGACGAUUAAUUGGGAAGCAAGGAAGAUAUGUGAGUUUUCUGAAGCAGACCUCUGGUGCGAAGAUUUACAUCUCAACUCUGCCUUACACACAGGAGUUCCAAAUUUGUCACAUAGAGGGUAUGCAACAGCAAGUUGACAAAGCCCUGUCUCUAAUUGGGAAGAAAUUUAAAGACAUGGAUUUGACCAACCUUUAUGCACCUCCACCACCUCCCCUCACAUUGCCAUCACUCCCCAUGACGUCAUGGCUUCUCCUGCCCAGUGGUGUGACAGUUGAAGUGAUUGUGGUGAAUAUUGUAUCUGCCGGACACGUCUUUGUCCAGCAGCACACCCAUCCUACUUACCAUGCCCUAAGAAGCCUUGACCAGCAGAUGUUCUUGUGCUACUCCCAGCCAGGCACACCCACCCUUCCUUCCCCAGCAGAAGUUGGUGUGAUAUGUGCUGCUCCGGCAGUGGAAGGAGCAUGGUGGAGAGCUCAAGUCAUCACCUUCUAUAAAGAAUCAAAUGAAGUGGAAAUAAGAUAUGUUGAUUAUGGCGGCUAUGACAGAGUCAAGAUUGACUCAUUACGGCAAAUAAGGUCUGAUUUCGUAACAUUACCGUUUCAAGGGGCUGAAGUAUUGCUUGACAACGUCGCUCCCCUCCCAGGAGAGGACCGUUUUUCAUCAGAGGCCACAUCAGUGUUAGAAGAGAUGACAAGAGGAGUUGCAUUGCUUGCCCAAGUCUCGAAUUAUGAUACCAAUACAGGCCUCCCAAUGGUUCAUCUGUGGAACAUGGUGGGAGAAGAGGUUAUUUCAAUAAACCGCACGCUGGCAGAGAGGGGCUUUGGUGUAUGGGUGGAUGGAUUCUGAGUCAUCACCAGUUAGACACAUCACUGGAUGAUUUUUUGUUUGAUUUUGUUUUGUUUGUUUUUUUUGCUUUCCUGUUGUUCUUUUCCUAUAAAAAGACAUUAAAAUAUUUUUCAGGCAUAGUCUUCGAGAACAGCACUGUUUCAAAAUAAGACAAACCUUUUCCUGGUUCUCGUGCGGAACAGAAAUCCCCAAAUGAAAGGAAGAGAAAACUUGUACAUGAAAAAAAAGGGUCUUUUGUAAUUUAAAUAAAGAUUUAACCAAUAUAUUUUUUCUCCCCCAACCUGAACUUUUGCACUGGGCUUUUGGACAUCGUCUUUCAGUAAUUGCGCAGUGUGAUGAGACAUGUCAGACUGUGUAGACACUUGUCAACAGUAAAUACCAAAUAAGUGACAGCUGUAGGUCAGUAAAUUUCAAAGUGUUAUGCAUAAAUGUUAUUCGUCUGGUAUAAUUGUAAGGCUAGUAAUGUUCACGUUGCAAAGUGCAAGGCUGAGUUGAUAGUGAGCACUAAAAGCAUAAAACGGUCACCUGGCUGGCUGGGCAACAACUGUCACUAACAAGCGACACUAACAUUAUUCUGACUUGUUUAUGAUCACAAAAAAAGCUGUUCUCUAUGGAUUUGAACUCGAGGCUCUCUGCAGACUAUCAGAGGCUUUUUGACUGAAAUAAUGCUUAGCCAUAACUUCUAAAUUUUGUCACAACACCACCAAAACCAAGUAUAUUCUUUUUUUUUAAAAAGAGUUUCGUUAAUGUUUCUAAAUAUUUUUUCGUGAGAGCAUUGAGGUUCUUAAGAUGGCAAAAGAAAUGUAUAAAAGGACCUAAAGGAAACAGGUCUGAGACAUGCACUACUUAUUGAUGUUGUCUGGUUCAUUAACAUCACUUUGGAAAUUGAGUAAAGCACCAUUUAAAUAUAGUAGCAGAUUGGAAAACUACAUGACUCUCAUGCAGUGUGGCUUACUUACCUACUUUAAAAGUGAUAAGGGGGGCCUGCUUUGUUAAAAUCCGAGAACUAUAAAGUUAUAGAUUAUAAGUCAUACAAGUAUAUAUGGGCUACACUACUAUUUAUAAAUGACUUUCUGUGACCUGUAUUAUCUGAAUGCAAGAUUUAAACAUUUAUUCUCUGUGGUUGGUUGAUUGGGGGGUGGGAGGGGUGGGUUAAUUGGAUUAAAAAAAGGUUUCCACACUCCUGGCCAAGGGUCCUUGAGAAAUAUGUCGAGUCCAUUUUUGUGUGUGUAAAUUCAUACAGAAAAUUUUGUAUUUAAACAGGGCUCCAUGCACACUGUAAAUGUGUACCUAAAAGAGACUUCACCCUCCCCCUUUUUUUCUGAGGCACAUAAUGAGAAGAUGAAGAUAGAAGACACAAUGCCUAUGUAAUGAGUCUGCAAAACCAAGGUGGUGAAUCUCUGUACUUGCAGAGAACUUCUGGCAUGUUUGCGUGUAAACUUGGCAAAAAAAAAACCUACAGAAACCUGUCCUCUUGUAUCUGUAGCCCCUAUUAUGUAGUAAAUACUGUAGAUCAGUGGUCCCCAACCUUUUUCGCGCGACAGAACCGGUCCAAAAAGUGGGUUUUUGGAGUCCGGCAUCAUUCGGGUUGGGAGGGGUGGGUUGUUUGUGCAUGAUGAAACGAUGACUGUUGAUUGCAGCUUUGACCCGAUGGGGGAUGCGCAGCUAUUUGGUAGCUGGUACAUAUGCAAUCUGUGCAAACUCCUCAUGCAGUAUCAUUCUUUCCACAACAACACUUGGGUGCUCUUUGUUCAAAUGAUUCAACAGGCUUGUUGUUGCUUGCUUUUGAGGACUGACUUGCAUAAUGGCUUCAUUUACUUUUCAUCUCCCCAUUUCCAUAGAGAAGGAAAAGUUGGACUCUGAUUGGCUGUUGUCACGCACAUUUCUGCCACGUCAGAUGCUCACAGCUGGUCGCCGGAAUACAUGUCAAAUUCUGAUCCUUGAGGGCCACUAUCCAGCUUGUUUUUUUAUGUAGCCUUGUUCCAACGCAUCUCAUUCAAAUGAUCAUCAAUCAGCUCAUCAGCAAGAUCUGCAUGAACCUGAGAACCGAUCAUUUGAAUCAGGCGUGGUGGGGGAGGGAAAUAUCUACAACAUGAAGGAUAUCCCCCAUGUGUCUUUCUGUGCGGCCAACAGGGCGGUGAUUGGGGACCACUGCUGAAGAUGGCGUCUCUUGUAAUGCAAAUUAGUUUCCAAAACACCUAAAUGGUUACUUUGGUUCUAUGUAAAUAAGAUGAAACUGUAUUUUCUAUAAUGCCGACCCGAGUGGAAUUCAAAGGGAAUAACAGGUAUUUAUUGCUAUUGUUUGGUGUGUUCUGUUUAAUCUUGCCUCUCAACCUUUCACUCACCCAUCAGUUGUGGGACUUUUUUUGUUUGUUUGUUUGUUUAUGAAUAGCUAGACAAGUCAGUAUUGGGAUAUUUGAAAAUACUGUGCCCCAAAGUUUUUAAAUGUACAGAUGAAGUUUUUUGCUAGGCUCAUCUUCACUUGGAUUGUACAGAUGGAUUAGGAAAAACAAUAAAGGGUGUUUAAAGUGUA